AAGGAUUCACAUCAGCUAGCUUUUACCUCUGGCUGGAAGCCGGGCUGAGAUGCAGUGAAGCAGCCGCGGCUGCUGCGGGAGCUUCGGCAACUGUGAAGUCCGCCGGUCAUUUCUACCUUCAGAUCUCCAGCAAGGCGGGUGGAAAAAAUAAAAAACAGCUGGCCUUCAGGAGAGACCUGCCCUGGUGAUCAGAGGAGCAACCGUCUCUGAGCGCCGAGGAACCAGAGUGCAGUGUGGUCACACUCGGAUUCCUCUCUCUCCUUUUUUCUUUUGACCCCCUUUACUCCUCCGUGUCUGCUUUUUUUGGGGGGGAUCUCCCUCUUUCUUCAUUCUUUCCCUUUUCUUUGAUUCCUUCCUUUCUUUUGCUAAACUAUCCUGCAAAGAUUUUUUCCUCCCUAAAUCUUUUUUUUUUGCUCACCUUUUCUAUACACUUCACUGCAAAUAAACCAUUAAACGACCCCUCUCCUGGGCCUCCGACGGCAGGAGUCCGCGGACCUCCCAGGCCGACAGCCCUCCCUCUACCCGCGAGGGUUCCGGGCCCGGCAAGAGGGCGCGAGCACAGCUGAGGACAUGGAGGUGACUGCGGACCAGCCGCGCUGGGUGAGCCACCAUCAUCCCGCGGUCCUCAACGGGCAGCACCCAGACACGCACCACCCGGGCCUCGGCCAUUCGUACAUGGACCCCACUCAGUACCCGCUGACGGAAGAGGUGGACGUACUUUUUAACAUCGAUGGUCAAGGCAACCAUGUCCCGUCCUACUACGGAAACUCGGUCAGGGCUACGGUGCAGAGGUAUCCUCCGACCCACCACGGGAGCCAGGUAUGCCGCCCGCCUUUGCUGCACGGAUCUCUGCCCUGGCUGGACGGCGGCAAAGCCCUGAGCAGCCACCACACCGCCUCGCCCUGGAACCUCAGUCCCUUCUCCAAGACGUCUAUCCACCACGGCUCUCCGGGGCCUCUGUCCGUCUACCCUCCGGCUUCAUCCUCUUCUCUGGCCGCGGGCCACUCCAGUCCGCACCUCUUCACCUUCCCGCCCACCCCUCCGAAGGAUGUCUCCCCAGACCCGUCGCUGUCCACCCCUGGGUCCGCCGGGUCGGCCAGGCAAGAUGAGAAAGAGUGCCUCAAGUAUCAGGUGCAGCUGCCGGAUAGUAUGAAGCUGGAGACGUCUCACUCCCGAAGCAGCAUGACCACCCUGGGAGGGGCUUCGUCCUCAGCCCACCACCCCAUUACCACCUAUCCACCCUAUGUGCCCGAGUACAGCUCCGGACUCUUCCCGCCCAGCAGCCUGCUGGGAGGAUCCCCUACUGGGUUCGGGUGUAAGUCGAGGCCCAAGGCACGAUCCAGCACAGAAGGCAGGGAGUGUGUGAACUGCGGGGCAACCUCUACCCCACUGUGGCGGCGAGAUGGUACGGGGCACUACCUUUGCAAUGCCUGCGGACUCUACCAUAAAAUGAAUGGGCAGAACCGGCCCCUUAUCAAGCCCAAGAGAAGGCUGUCGGCAGCGAGGAGAGCAGGGACAUCCUGCGCCAAUUGUCAGACCACCACCACCACCCUCUGGAGGAGGAACGCUAAUGGGGACCCCGUCUGCAAUGCCUGUGGGCUGUACUACAAGCUCCACAAUAUUAACAGACCCCUGACUAUGAAGAAGGAAGGCAUCCAGACCCGAAACCGGAAGAUGUCUAGCAAGUCGAAAAAGUGCAAAAAGGUGCAUGACGCCCUGGAGGACUUCCCCAAGAGCAGCUCCUUCAACCCGGCCGCUCUCUCCAGACACAUGUCAUCCCUGAGCCACAUCUCCCCCUUCAGCCACUCCAGCCACAUGCUGACCACACCUACGCCCAUGCACCCGCCUUCCGGCCUCUCCUUUGGACCUCACCACCCAUCCAGCAUGGUCACCGCCAUGGGUUAGAGAGGCAGAGAGCCCUGCUCCACAUGCGUGAGGACGCUCCGAGUCUGCGAAGAGUUCCUCCGGACCCCUUCUACUUGCGUUUUCGCAGGAGCAGUAUCAUGAAGCCUGAGAACGACAGAUCUAUGUUUUUUGAAGGCAGAAAGCAAAAUGUUCGCUUCUCUUUCAAAGGAGCUUCCGGUGGUGUCUGCGGUCCAACCACUGAAUCCGGAUCCCAUUUGUGAAUAAGCCAUUCAGACUCAUAUUCCCUAUUUAACAGGGUCUCUAGUGCUGUGAAAAAAAAUAUUGCUGAACAUUGCAUAUAACUUAUAUUGUAAGAAAUACUGUACAUUUGAGGAAGACUUUAUUGUACCUGGAUAGCUGUAAGAAAGGCAUGAAGGACGCCAAGAAUUUUAAGGAAUAUAGGGAGAUUAAAGUAUGGAGAUACAGAAGAAACUAAGUCUGAUGUCCAAAUGGGCACGCUGUCAGUUUUGUUUCCCUUCAGUUGUUUGAUGCAUUUAAAAAAAAAAAAAAAAAAAAAAAAAAAAAAAAAAAAAAAGAAAAGAAAGAAAAAUCCAAGAAAAAAAAAGGUUGUAGGCAAAUCAUUUGUUCUAGGCUGUGAGCCUCUGCAAAAGAAAUGUCAGAUCUGGGCAAGCGGUGUAUAAUCUCACCAACUGAGGAUUUGAGAAUGUCAUGUCUAGGCCUACAUGCUCUGUGAAUCAGUCCCUGUAAUUGUUGUUUGUAUGUAUAAUUCAGAAGCACCAAAAUAAGAAAAGAUGUAGAUUUAUUUCAUCAUAUUAUACAGACUGAAUUGUUGUAUAAAUUUAUUUACUGCUAGUGUUAGGAACUGCUUUUUUUUUUUCUUCUCUCUGGAUUUUUGGUUGAAUAAACUAGCUUGCUUUCAGUUGACCUAAGGUGGAUGUAUUCUGGAGGGUUUAUUUUUUCCUUUUAUUAUUAUUUUUUAAUGGUAUUUAUUAAAUAGCUUGUAUGGGCCUGGCGGUACCUGUCCUUUCCGUCACUUCUCUUGCAGCCUGAGCUAUGAAGGUAGCAGCGUACCAGCUACCAGUGUGCAUGUCAGCAACCUGGCCACUCGCAGGCCUGGCCCUGAGAGCCACCUGGCUGACUGUUAGCCCCUGUGUGUUCUGUAUUAGUGAUCACUGCCUUUAAACAGUCUGUUGGAAUAAUACUAUAAAAAUAAUAAUAAAGUUAAAAUAUUUUAAAACAA